GGUCUUAACUUGUGCAGCACAGCGAGGAUCGCGAACAGCCUACUCCAGCCUCCAGCGCCUGCUACGCCGUCGCCCACCUCCCUCCUCUCCUCCAGCGUCGCCCGCUCCCGAUCGUCCACCGCCACGCACCUCCCUCCUCUGUCCUCUCCUCCACCCCCUCCUCCAUCUCUAGGGCCCGCCUCCCUCUUCCAGCGCCCGAGCACCCCCUCCCCUCUCCCACGUCCAGAGUCGGUCUGACGUUGGCCCAUCGCCCGAUAGGUCCUCUAGCAGCCAACGUUGCCUGCAGCUGCAUUCCAGAGUUCCAGAGUUUCAGCUACAACCACGAAGUUCCAACGUCUCCUGCAGCUGCUCUAUUUGCACAUACAUUGUUUCCAGCAAGCAACAGUGGAAAAGAUGGUGAUGAUCAAGACAUGGAUGCUCAUGCUCUUGAUAUUGAUGAGUUGGAUGAUGAUUACUGAUCCUAGAUGCAAGUUCUAACUUGCUUAAUUGCAUAGAUUUGUGUGUUGAACUUGAUCUGCUUCCUUUUAUGCUAUUUAUUUUGUGAACUCAAAUAAUCAACUUAUGAGUAUGAACAUAUUCUAUCGUGUUGUUUUAUGCCAAGUCUGAAAAGACGUUCCAACAUUAGUUUCAAUGUUUAAAUGUUGAAAACGUGGUUCCUAACGUUUUAUUGUUUUACCGCUUUAAUAACCAUGGAAAUAAAAAGAGAGACCCAAACAAGCCGCAGUGUUUUGUACGAGAAUGCAAUAACUACAGAUCGAAAUGUAACCAGAUAUUGCAAACUUGUCCAUAUAUUUCAGAUGCGCUCAAUGCUAAAAGAUAUGAAACCAUGCUCAAUUAUGUGUUACAUCUGCUAUAUACCCCCUCUGGUGUUAAUGGAUCCAUACAAUAUUUAAUGUAUAUGUUUUAUAUGUGUCUAGAUUCAUUGUCAUCCAUUUGAAUAUGGACAAAGAAAUAAAGUGCCAAAAUGAUUAAUAUAUUGGAACGGAGGGAGCGAACAGAGGGAGCAUUGUUUUCAAGUCGGACGACUUGCUAGUCGUUCUGGCUGACCGACUUGGGCGUCGCGAUUAAUCACGAUUAGUCGGACGACUUGGUCAAUUAAUCGCGAUUGGUCCAAACCGACUUAGACGACUAAUCGUGACUAAUCGCGAUUAAUCGGACGACUUGAAAACAGUUUGAGGGAGUAUUGUAUACAUUCUAUGUGGUAUUUAUAUAUACAAAACAUAAGGCUGUUAUUUUUUUACAGUCCUUUGUAUUUUGAAUUUGAAUACCUAUUUUCAAGAUCCUGGGCGUGCCUGCCAAUGAGCAAGAAGAGGAAGCAUCUGGAUCCAGCGAACUCGUUGAAAGACAGCGAACAAGUAGUCGCCUCAGAUUUCAUAAGAGGAGACGAUCUUGAUGACCUAUUAUCGAAGCUUAUCAGGAGUGUGGAGAUUGCCAAGGCUUCAAGGGGACGCUUACCAGAAAAGAUAUGGAUGAAGCAACAAUUUGCUAUCGGCGUCAAUGAUGUCACAAGGGUUCUUGAGCGAAUGCCGCAUUCUGUCACUGCUCAUCCUGCUCAAAUGUCUAGUGAAGCACCAACUGUCUCAGGCCAACGUCAAGCUCCUUUGGUACCAUUGCAGGCUGUCCUUGUAGCUGCCGACUGCAAUCCCAAAUGGUUAACAAAACACAUACCAACACUAGCGUUUACAAGGCAGGUACCGGUAUUGUGCAUGAAGGACAACAAGGGAGGCUCAGUAAGGUUAGGCCAUGUGGUGAAUGUCAGAACAGCGCUUGCCAUUGGUGUAAAGGGGGUAUUGCCACAUACUGGAGGAUCACAUAAAGCAGGAUUCAGAGUGGCUUACUCAAACUCGAAAGGAGAUUUUCACUUGGAUGGGGUGUUCAAUGUGAUAUCUUAUGAUGUAGUUCCCAAGAUACAAAGCACACUUCUGUAUUUGGAUUUCAAGAUUGUUAUAGCUGAUGAAUCACAUUUUAUGAAGAAUGGCCAAGCAAAGAGAACAGUUGCUUCACUUCCUGUUUUGCAGAACCAACUAAUUGUGACUUACAAUCACAGAAAGCUCAAUAUGUUGUUUUGCUUAGUGGAACUCCUGCUUUGUCUCGCUAGAUUGAGCUCUUUACUCAGAUCCAGGCCUUGUAUCCUACAGUGUACAAGAGUGUUAGUGAGUAUGGCAAUAGAUAUUGCAAGGGUGUAAGUACUAUUCUUCGUGGGUAUGGAUAUCUACUAUCCAUAUCCAUCACCCGAUAGGCACAUGACAUGUGGACCUAGACAUGGCCGCAUCCUAGAUUCCAGUGCCAGCGCCAGGCCCCAGCAGCCCAGCCCCCCAACGGCCCAGCUCCCCAGCCGAGUUUUUUGCUAUUAUAAACCUCAUUUUAACUUGCUUCGACAUAAUAUACUCUACAAUUUAGAAUUCAAUAAAACAGUCUUUUUACCACGGUUCACCAUUAAAAUAGAAUUACUGGUUAAUUUAAACCAAUUUUCCUUUUCUUUUAUCUUUUCUACCCGUUUUGCCCUUGCUCUAUUUUGUGAACGCAUCCGUCGAGGGCAGUCACAAGGAACUCCAACGUUGGUGCUGCCGCCGUCCCAGACUUCCGCCACCGUGCUGCCGUCAUCCAUACUUCGCCACCGCACUGUCGCCGUCGUCCUAGACUUCGCCACCGCGCGCCGCCGCCUGGCAGGACUUCACAACCUCGCUCGUAGACAUCACCAGUAUCCACGCCGUCCUCUGUAUCAGGUUCGAUCAGGUUUCCAGCAUCCUCGUUAGCCACAUGCACGGGGACGAGUCAGUCGAGAUGAAUUGGAGUUUAAAUCAGAGCAACACAAUACAGUCACCAGUUAUAUUACUAGAACAAGCAUCUCCACUGUGAUGAUGAAAGCAUAACAGCCCAACAGUGAAGAAAUGUGAAGAUGGAGGACUUUGUCCAUGAGUACUACUCUGUAAAGAUGUUCAAAAGGGCAUAUGCCAGAAGAAUAGAGUUUAUUUGUAGCUAAGGGUAGUUCUAGAGGGUCCAUCUUGACCAAGGGUACCUUAAUCUUGAGGUACCGACAGAUGUGUUUGUGAACCAUAUUUAGUUAUAUUGUGUGUGAAAUUGAGAACAGAUCAUGGUGGAAAAAACAUUGCUCUCAGAUUGAA